AUGGGGAACGAGGACGCCCAAAUUGGGCGGAAUGUGAGCGCGUUGGGGAGCCGGCGGGGUAGGGGUGACGGGGACGAGCGGAGGUUCGGGGCAGGAGGAGGAAUGUGGGAUGUGAAAAACUAUAACAGGGCAAGAGAGGAGGAACAGGAGCGGACCGUGGUGGAAGAGGGAGAUGAGGAUGACGAGGAAGAGAGGACGGAGAGACUUCUGAGUUAUGACGUAAGGAGUGAGGAAGAGUGGAGGGAAAUGGAAGGAUGGGGUGGCGAGGAGGAGGGGGGAGAGUGGGACGACGAGGACGACGACGACGACGAUGAUGACGACGAUGAUGACGAUGACGACGACGACGAUGACGACGACGAUGACGACGAUGAUGACGACGAUGAUGACGACGACGAGAACGACGACGAUUAUGAAGCUGACGAAUACGAAGAGGGGAUGUUCAAACCGCAGUCGGGAAUUCUGGACCGAUGGGGACAUGGUAAUGGUGACGCGGGAUGGAAAGGGUGGGCGAAGACCUCUGCUAACACCACACUCAGUAAUCGCCGAAGUCCGAACAGCAACGCUAGGAAGAGUGGAGGCCGCGGCGCGAGCAGCAACAGCAGCGGCAGCAGCAGUACCGACGCGCCUUGGCCAGACAACAGCACCAGUCGGCUUCAGCCCGCAGCACCCGCUGACAGCCUCUCCGCUCGGCGCGCGCUGAGGAAGAUCUCCAGCGCCAAGCGCGCGCCUGCAGUUUCCCCCAUCCGGCGGAGCUCCGCUCGGAGAGGGAAAGCGUCCGGCGCUAAACGGCGACCGGCUGCCAGACGGCCGGUGAAACGACCAGCUAAGGGGAGUCGGCCAACCGUCAAGAGGGGAGGAAAGGGGAAAGGUAAAAUCGUGAGGCGAGCCGGGCCAGUUAGGCGCGGGACGAAGAAGACCGGCGGCCGCACGAGCCGCGGAGUGAGCGCGACUGCGGCAAAGUCGAGGAAGGCGGCCAAACGGCGUCCGAGCACAACAAAGCGCGGAGGGGCGAAGAAGGCGCCGCGGAGGGGGGGUGGUGCGAGAACCGUGAGAGGACGCGGGAAGAGCGGGCAAGGGAAGGCGAGGCGGGGAGGGAAAACGCGCGUGCAGGGCGCAAGCGCGAGGUCAAGGAAAACCCCCACGAAGCGGCCAAGCAGCAGCGCGAAGAGGCCGAGCAGCCGAAGCAGGAGCAGCAAGAAGCCAGUCAAAAAAGUCAAGGCAGUCAAGAAAGUCAAAGCAGCGAGCAGAAAGCAGGUGGACUGCCAGUACUCGCGCAAGGGCUUCGGGCAGAACCUGUAUCGCUGCGCCAUGGGGUACGCGAAGCGCGCGCGCGUGACGGGCGGGCUCGGGAAGCCCGUGUAUAUCGUGCGCAGCAGCGCGGACUAUGCGACCGUGCCCAAGUACGGCACGCUGCGCUGGGCGCUGCAGUGGCUGCGCGGCGGGUGUUACAUCCGGUUUGCGAAGACGAUGACGAUUCGCCUGAACGCGCGGCUGUUCGUGCCGUCGCACACGAGCAUCGACGGGCGCGGCGCGUGGGUGAAAAUCAUUGGGAGUCUCGACGUGAUCAACGUCACGAAUGUGAUUAUACACAAUAUCGCAGUGGAAAACGAGUACGGCAACCACGACCUUAUCCACAUCCGGUCCAGCUGGCGCGUGUGGGUGGACCACUGCAACGUGCAGAACGGCGUACGUGGCACUGUUGACGUGGUGCGGGGGUCCACUGAUGUCACCAUCUCCAACUGCUACGUCCACAACAAGGACCUCACUAUGCUGCUGGGAGCAGCAGACUGGGACUCUAUUGACAAGCGCAUGCGUGUAACCAUCUACCGUAACUGGUUUGACAAAUCUGUGGCUGGAUCGUCGCACCUGACAAGCCUGGGCGGAUCACAACGCAGGCAAAGGGAGCAAAUUCUUCAAGGCGCGUUCAGCAGGCCCUUUCCGUUGCUGCCAUCGCGGACGGAAGGAUUCUAUCUGACGCUGCUGACAAUGCAGACGGCUAUUAGACUCCCCGCGUCCUCGCGCGGGCUAUUCAUAGCGGGGAGUGCCUCUUCCGCGCGUUCUUCCGCGUCCGCGCGGCCACUCCCCGCAGUGGUUGCGCGCUCAGGCGGCGCGGAUUCCUCCCCCGGCUCCUCGCAGCCGCCGCCUGCGGGGGGCGCGCAACCACAGAGUGGAACAAGCAGCGGCCUUUCCGCCUCAAGCCGACCGCAAUCCGCAUCCGCCCCUCAGCCCUCCUCCUCCUCCCCCACUCCCCCCUCCUCCUCCUCGCCUCUCUCUCUCCUCUCCUCCCCUCCUCCGUCUGUUUCCGCCAACACCCGCGCCCGCCUAUUCGACUCGCCUUCCCCCCCCUCCUCCUCCCCCGGCCGCACGUGGGACCCGUUGGAGGCGUCAUUCGAGGGCAUCAUGGCGUUUGAUGGGCCGGGGCCUGAGCUCAUCAACGGCCGCCUCGCCAUGCUGGGAUUCGUCACAGGGAUGAGUUGGGAGGUGGUAGGCGGGGUGUCACUGCAGCAGCAGCUGGCAGAUCCCGGUGAGACGGGCAUAGCAGCGCUGCUGCUGGCUGCUGUCCUCGUCUCCCUCGCCUCGCUGCCUCCGCUGCUCAAGGGAGUUCGGCCAGAGGACCGCAGCUUCCUUUUCUUUUCCUGGGAGGCAGAACAGCUGAAUGGGCGAGUUGCCAUGCUUGCAUUUGUUGGGGUGUACACUGUUGAGUACAUUGCUGGUGUGCUCUUGCAGUAG